CAUCGUCUGAGAUCACCGACUUAAGCCGCCGUCAUCGCUGUCUCCGAAUUUGCUUUUUCUAUAGGCGCCGUUGUCUAUACCUUCGAAAACUCGAUACGGAGAAAGUGAAGGAUGGCAACCCUAACUUGCAACGCAUGCAAUAAGGAGUUCAUCGGCGAAUCAGAGCAGAAGCUCCAUUACAAAUCCGAUUGGCACCGCUACAAUCUCAAACGCAAGAUUGCUGGGGUUCCAGGGGUGACUGAAGCGUUAUAUCUAGCUAGACAGUCUUCCCUUGCUGAAGAGAAAAAUCGGUUAAAUGAGACCCCCAUGCUAUAUAGUUGCAGCCUUUGCGGCAAGGGAUACAGAAGUUCCAAGGCUCUUGGUCAGCAUCUUAAAUCACGAAGUCACAUCUUGCGGGCUUCCCAAAGAGCAAGUCAUCAAGAUGAAGAAACUACAAUAAUCAAGCCACUAACUCACCGCACUGCAAAUAAGCCUCCCCCACAAAGAGAGCCAGUCAAUGAAGAAAGUGAAGAUGAGUGGGAGGAAGUCAACCCAGAUGAAGAUUUGGUUGGUGAGGCCACUGAAUCCAUUACUCAAAUGAAUGUGAAUGAGCAUGCAUCAAAUGAUGACAUGGAUGAAAGUGAUGAUGACGAUGAUUUUGAGAUAAAAUUGGAUCCAACCUGUUGCUUCAUGUGUGACCAAGAGCAGAACACUAUAGAACGUUGUAUCAUUCACAUGCACAAGCAGCAUGGGUUCUUCAUUCCUGAUGUUGAGUAUCUGAAGGAUCCAAAAGGACUUCUUACUUAUCUUGGCCUUAAGGUGACAAGGGAUUUUAUGUGUCUGUAUUGCAAUGACGGGUGCCAUCCUUUCAACAGCUUGGAAGCGGUUAGGAAGCACAUGGUGGCAAAAAGUCACUGCAAAGUGCAUUACGGUGAUGGUGGUGAUGAUGAGGAAGCAGAACUGGAAGAGUUCUAUGAUUAUAGUAGCAGUUAUGUGGAUGUCAAUGAGAAACAGCUCGUUGCAUCUGGUGACAUGAACAACACUGUUGAACUUGGAUGUGGUGGAUCAGAACUCAUCAUAACUAGAAGAACUGAUGGUGGAAUAUCAACCAAAUCACUUGGAUCCCGUGAAUUUCUGCGCUAUUAUCGCCAGAAGCCUCGCCCCUCGCCUAUGAAUGGUGCUGCCAUUACUGCUGCAUUGGCCUCUAGGUAUAGAAGCAUGGGGCUGGCAACAGUGCAGUCAAGAGAGCAGAUAGUGAGGAUGAAGGUGAUGAAGCAGAUGAAUAAAUCCGGGGUAGAAGCCAUGCGCUCUAAGAUUGGUAUGAAGAGUAAUGUCAUCCGAAACCUCCCCAAUAAUGUCCCAUAUUAGUUUUAUACUGACCUUCCUGAAGAACAUGAAGAGCUAUUUAUUUUCUCCUCAAGGGUUAAAAUUAUUGCUUCUCAGAAUGAUUUUAAAGCACUGCUAUCAUUUGUUUAUGGAUUUUCCCCGAAGUACUUGAUAAUGCUAAAUCUUAAUGGUUUGAUAAAAUUUUAAUAUAUUCCUUCGUUUCCUUUUAA